AUGCAGAGCCUGGGGAGUGGUCCCCCGAGCUUGUCCUUCUCACAGGGCCUGGGGCCAGAGGACAUGACUGUGAGCACAGUCCCCAGCGCAGAGGAGGUCUGGUCAAGAGCCUGGGGUGGCAUAGAACCUGUUGGAGAUGGCAGGGGCACGAGCAUAUCUUCCCCGUCCUCUGGCACCCUCCCAGCCAAAGCUCACCAGCUGCCACUGAACCUGCAGGCGCUGAGGCCUCCAGCGCGUCUGCGGCUGAUGGCGACGGCCCUCAGUGAGGUCCACAAGCGAGUGCUGGCGAUGCCUGAGGCAGCAAGGCAAUGCUCACCCAAGGAAUGGCGGAGCACUGUGGCCAGACUGUUUGUGUCCUGCUGCUUGGCAACGGCGAGUCACUGGAGAGGAGAUACACCGGCAGGGCUGGCGGCAAACGCACCUGCUUUGGUUGACAGGUUGGCAUCCAGCAACAGCCAGCAGACACAAGGCAACCCCAAGAAGGGUAACAAAGACAAAGCAAACAGUGCACCUGCUGGAGAAGAGGGCAAUGCAUGGCUUAGCCUGUUUGACAUUGUUGGAGAACGGAUGCCAUUAUACUCAGCUGUUGUCCGAUACUUGCGGUUCCAGCCGCAAAAGACAUCACAAUUGGAGCUUCGAGGGCUGCAAAAUGAUGCUGCACAGGCACACACAGCAGCCCCAAUCCCAACAGGUCAACUCAAUGCUGACUUUGCUUCGGAGGCCAGGGUGCAUCACAAUGGGGAAGAGAACAACAGUGUUGGCUCUUUGCUGUUUGCUAAAUCUGGUGGUUCUCUCAAAGGGGACCCAGAGACUGGUGCAUCAGAAGUUGGAACUGGUGUGCAGGGCACCAGGUACGAUAGCAAUGGCAGUACAUUGCUUGAUACCAGCCCAUCGUUGGCUGUGAGCUCACAGUCCCCCAAAGGGCUAGCAGAUGGCGGUGUGGUCACUCCAAUGUCCAACAAGCUGGCACUGGACAAUAGCAUGAUGCCAGCGAGUGCCGAGGUACCUCAGGUGUCUGGCUUUGGUGCAUCUGGCUGUGUCUUGGGUUCAUCGCCGUUUAUUGUGCAAGACUUUGCAGUGUGCGUCGCAGAAGUUGUGGCAACCGACUACCUAGCUAGCGUAAGAGAUGCCGCGGUGGAUGGGGAUGCAGAUGAUGCCCUCACUGGCUCAGAUUGGCCAGCCUGCCUACAGCCUUCGCUUCAGAACACAAGGUCUCUCGAAAGGUUUCGCAAUCGCGUUUUGUUGAGUCGUUUCAUGUAUCGACAGUUCAUAUCUGUAGUUGCCAUUUUUGAAGACUACCACCUACUAUGGGGCUUUCACAAGGGAGGACGCCUGCUACAGCGGAGAGUACAGGCGAGGAGGAAAAAGGAAUUGUCGAUGCUGGCUGGGAUGCGACUAGCUGUGAGUAUAGCCCUUGAGGGCCUCGAUGCCAUCACACCCUUGGCAACGACGUUUUUGAACAAGCUUGGGGAUCUCGUGUCAUUCCUGCUGGUCUCGCUACUGGGCCGGGCGUUGGGGCUUAUUGCCAAGGGUAUCAAGAGCAGCCUUCGUGGCGAGUCGGCAAAGCGAACAGAUGAGGGCAACAAGAGGCUGUGGGUUUAG